AUGGCUGCGGGGGCCGCCACGGCUGCGCUGCCGCCGCCGCUCCUGGGCCGCCCUCCCGGCGGAGGCGGCACCGAGCGCGCCCUGGAGGAAGCGGCGGCCUCCGGCACCCUCAGCCUGGCCGGGCGGAGGCUCCGCGCCUUUCCCGCGGCGGCCGCGCGGCGCUGGGACCUGAGCGACACCACGCAGGCCGACCUGUCCCGGAACCGUUUCGGGGAGGUCCCCGAGGCCGCCUGUCACCUCUUCUCCCUGGAGGGGCUCAGCCUGUACCACAACUGCCUGCGCAGCGUCCCCCCGGCCAUCGCCAACCUCCAGGCCCUGUCCCACCUGGACCUCAGCCGGAACCAGCUGAGCUCGCUGCCCUCCUGCCUGUGCCUCCUGCCCCUGCGCGUCCUCAACGCCAGCAACAACCGCCUGGCGCAGCUGCCCCCGAACCUGGGGGCCCUGCGGACGCUGCGGCAGCUGGACGUCGGGUGUAACCGGCUGCGGGCGCUGCCCCCCGGGCUGGGGCAGCUGCGGGCGCUGCGGGACCUCAACCUCCGGCGGAACCAGCUCACGGCGCUGCCCCCGGAGCUCUCAGAGCUGCCCCUGGUCCGCCUGGAUUUCUCCUGUAACCGGGUGGUCGCGAUUCCUCGCUGCUUCCGGAGGCUCCGGCACCUCCAAACCCUCCUGGCCGACAACAACCCCCUCCAGUUCCCCCCCGCCCAGGUUUGCCUGAAGGGCAAAGUUCACAUCUUCAAGUACCUGCACUUGGAGGCCGAGGCUGCCGCCCACCCCCCCCCGGCGUGCCCCCCGGACGAGCUGUGCCCCCUCCGGCAGCGGGGGGGACUCGACUCCGGCUUCCACAGCGUCGACAGCGGCAGCAAACGCUGGUCGGGGAACGAGUCCACGGAUGAGUUUUCGGAGCCGCCCCACCAGCUCAGGGAGAGUCUCAGCAGGGCAGCUGGUGACAGCGACCCAGAGCUGGUCGAGGAGGAGCCCCCACCCAAGGAGCAGCAGGGCCGGACCCCGAGAGGUGACACCCCCGAGAGUGGCAGGGUGGUCCCCGUGUCCCGGCGGCGCCCCCAGAACCUGGAGGUGUGGAGGGAGAGGGAGAGGAGCCGGGACAGCCCCCCAGGGCCCAGGACCCCCCGGCAGAGACCCCCCCGGACGUCACCAGAGAGGACAGGGGUGACCUCGGACCCGGAUGGAGCCCCCGACCCCCCAAAACCCACCUCCCACGGUGCCACCAAACCAGCCCCCCCGGACCCCGACGAGCGGGAGUUGAUCGCUGAGAUGCGCCAGAGCCUGGAGGCGCUGCUGCAGCUGCAGCUCCCGGAGGAUUUGGGGGACUCGGAGCUGCUCGGCCGCGUGGCCGCUCGGCUGCGGCCCUGGGCUGUGCCCCCCCAGAGCCCCCCCAGCACCCACCGGAGCGCGCAGCCCUUCCCCCCCCGCCGGCGCCCGGGGGUCCCCGAGGUGAAGCCCCCAACCCCCCGGCGUCCCCCCCCUGGGCUGCUCUUCGCCCUCUUCUACGGCCUCCUCAUGGCGCUGCUCGUCGCUGCCCACCGCGUGCUCUUCGGCUGCUGAGGGACCCCCACAGCCCCCAAACCCCGGGGAACCCCCUCAAACUAUGGGGGAACCCCCCAAACCCUGGGGGAACCCCCCAAACCCCA